GGCGAUGUCCCUCAUAUUUACUCACAAUGCCCUAGUUCUCGUGCAUAAUUAUGAACUGCCAUUGUUCAAUGGAAAAUCCCACUGAAACAUUGUAUCUCUUACUACCUUUCACGAGAAAUUCGACCCAGCUGGUGAUUUAAAGAGUGACUCUGUGAGGUCUAAAGGCUUUUUUGAUGGAUCGUGUUGAUUCUGAGGCGUUAUGCUGAAUGGAUUGUGUGGAAUGCGCAAAGCAUUUGCCACUCUUUUGCGGUUUUACAUUUCUUUCCACAAAAUCUGUCACGGCUUCGUCGUAAGACUUAGGCUGGGCUAAAUGCGUCCAUGGGGCUCUUUGCAGUAGUGCAACAAGUUCGCAGAGGGCUAGUACAAGCCGUGAAACCAGUCGCCGUUCACACCGUCUUUUCAGUGCAUGUGCGCGAACCGCCCCGAGACAAAUUGAAAUAAUAUAAGACUCGGUCAUUCUCCUCCCGGCAGUACUGGUGAUAGAUAGCACAUAGUAGUAUACGGUUGAGAGUGAGUCAUGAGGGAUUUAGGAGCAAAUAAGGAUUCCCGAAACGCGGCGAAAAUGGAGAACGAAACCGAUCAUGGCAAGCGACGCCACUGUCUUCGAGCUACAGUAGAUGUGAUGCUUUUUGUGUUUUCUCUUGUGUCCUUCGCGUUUUGCUUUUUACUGAGUGUUCAGACCAGUGGUAUGCGGGACAGAAUCGUGGAUCUGGAGAUUAGAAGUGGCGCGGGGGUCUUAAACCCGUUCCAUGGGAUCUCUGUGGAUCAAUUUAAUUCAAUGAUCCAGGAGCGAGUGGACGAGCUGCUGUCACAGCGUUCUUAUGAACACUUGGUUAGAAUAAGGACUGCCCGUCAAGUCUCAUCAACCGAAUGCAACUGCCCACCAGGUCCACCUGGCAAAAGAGGAAGAAGAGGACCCAAUGGAGACUCUGGACCUCCUGUGCAGGAGGACGCAAACGUCCUGAAGGAGAGCUCGGUUCAGUGUUACUGUCCGCGAGACAGUAACUCUCUCGUGCGCACCGAACAGAGCGUGGUCCACCUGGCCCAAAAGGGGGAUCAAGGAGACCAGGGACCAAGGAUGGUCUUCCCUAAGAUAAAUCAUGGCUUUCUUUCUGCUGAUCAGCAACUCAUUAAACGUCGACUCAUUAAGGGUGACCAGGGUCAAGCAGGGCCCCCAGGGCCUCCUGGACCUCCAGGCCCCCCAGGCCCCAGGGGACCACCAGGGGACACAGGAAAAGACGGUCCUCGGGGAGUCCCAGGGCUCCCUGGAGACCCUGGAAUGCCUGGAGAUAUUGGUCAAAGGGGACCUGAGGGCCCUCCAGGACAUAAGGGUUCCACUGGGCAACCUGGUAUUCCAGGUAUCGAUGGAAUGAAGGGUGACAGAGGUGAACGGGGUGAAAAGGGAGACAUGGGAGAGGAGGGGCCAAAAGGUGACACUGGAGAGAAGGUAACUGUUGAACCAUCCCACUGCUUGUUCUGAUAGUCCAAUAGAGGUGAGUCUUUGAAGAAGUAUUUUAUGGUCCAAAAAGCUUUUGACAAAUCAAUAAACAGUGCUGCACAGUGCUGCUUAUUGUCUAAGAUUUUGAUCAGAUCAUUUACAACCUUUGAAACAGCUGUUAUUGUACUGUGUUGUUUCCUAAAACCAGAUUUAAAUUCAUUCAAAAUAUUGUUAUUAAUUAGAUAGUCUUUUAAUUGCAUGCUGAUGACUGAUUCCAUCAAUUUAGCUAAUACUGACAAUUUAGAAAUAGGCCUAUAGUUAUUUAUAUCUGCAGGAGAACAUUGGCAGAUUUCCUUGUUCCUUUUUUUUUUGUUCUUUUUUUUUUUGUUCUUUUUUUUUUGUGUGUGUGUUCCUGCAGCUCAACUGGUAGAGCACUGCGCUAGCAAGCAAGCAAGUGCAAGGUUGGGGGUUCGAUGUCUGGACCUUAUGAUUUUUUUUGAUCUAGAUCUUUCAGGGCCUUUCUUACUUCUGGUACGGUUACUGUCUUGAAAUGAAAUGGUUGAACUGAAAGUGACUGAUCAACUGGACAUGCAGUGGGAGAACCUGAAACUGGAUUACGUCGCGUUUCAUGAAGGGAACCAGCAGCAAUGAAAUGAGUAUUAAAACUAUUUAAGAUUUAAUUUUUGCCAAUGAUUUUUUUGUCAUCAACAACAAUACAAGGUGGUACUUCUGUAUCUGUUUUUGCCUCCGUUAAUAAUUUAAUUGUUUUCCAGAACUUAAGAGGGUUGUUUACAUUUUUCAAUGUUUCAGAAAGGAAAUAGGUGGAUUUGGCAUUACGGAUUUUUACAGUACAUAAAUUACGUAAAUGCAGAAAAUUCAACCAGUCAUACUCAAGCUUUGACUUUCUAGCUUGAGCCCAGGCUUGAUUUCGCUCUAGUAGAAGGUCAGACAAAUCAUUGCUAAACCAAACAUUACUUCGCCCUUUCACCCUAUGUCUUUUGAGUGGGGCAUGCUUAUUUACCAGGUCUGUGAAACCAUCAUAAAAAAUUUUUCAACAUCAUCAAUAAGACUAAUUCUUCCCCAAUCAAAAUCAUACAGAUCAUUUAAAAAGCCCUGCAUUGAAAACUGUUUCGUUGCCCUCUUAAAAAUUAUGCGUGGCCUUGUUUUAGGAAUUUUUGUGUUCCUUACAGAUGCUAUAAGGCAAUGAUCACUUAUAUCAUUUGCAAAAACAGAGGCAUAAUAAUAUUUGUGAGAGGCAUUUGUAAGAAUGAGAUCAAUUAAUGAUGAUUUUUCUGGAUGUUUUAGGUUUGGUCUGGUGGGGCUAUUCACAAUCUGAAAAAGAUUAAAAGAAUUACAAAAUGAUUUAAAAUGGUCAGACAUUGGCAAAAGCCAAUUCCAAUUUAGAUCUCCUAAAAGGACAAUUUCAUUAUAGUUCAGACUUGAUAAAAAGUCCCUCAGAGAGGAAAGUGUGCUACUGUUAGCUGAGGGGGGUCUAUAACAACCAACAACCAUAAUGUAAAGACGCUUAGAAACUUCUAAGUCAAGGGGCAACAAUUCAAAUUGUCUACUUAUUUACUUUGAGACAAUUACAUUCACAAGGAAUGACUUUUUCACAUAUAUCGCAACACCUCCACCCUUUUUAGGUCGGUCUGUUCAAAAUAAGUUGUAACCACGUACAGUCACAUCCUUAUCAGAAAUAGAUUUGUUGAGCCAAGUUUCACUUAAAACAAAAACAUCGGCAUUGGUUGAAAGUGCCCAGAUACGAACCAUAUCUAUUUUACCAAUCAGACUACGAACAUUCAAAUGACAAAAUCCCAGUCGCUUUCUGCAUUUAUAGCUUUCAGGGGUGUCAUAUGACAUAUUUUGCUCUGGGCCUGGAUUUGGGUGGACAUUUCCAGAAAUCAAUAGCAGCAAUAUAAGCAAAAGUCUCUGUUUAGGCAGUUUACAAUGAUGGUGGUUGUGGAUGACUGCCAAGUUUAAAAGGGCUGCUCAUUGAGACGCCAGAUGGUUUUGCAGAGCCAUAAGACAGCUUAGACGUUGCACUUCUGAUGUGCCAGAGGUGCAGAGCAAAGGCUGGAGUUGAUUGACCGCAGCCAGGUGAUGGCUUGUUUCGCUCCUCGCCCGAAGUAAACAAUCCAGAAAUGAGAGCAACGCGUUUCCAUAGCAACCAGGGAAGAUUCCAAUAGAGGCACACAGCGCUAUCAAAUAGCGCUAGCAAGACCACGACUGGAGUCAGAUUUCCGCGACGCUACCCGUCUUCACAGCAGUAGAAGAACAGAUGGGAAUUUAUAGAAAAGUUUUUUUUUUUUUUUUUU